UUGGAGGGUCAGCCCUGGACAGAACCAGCAGUUCUCACUUGCAUGCCACUGCUGGCUGCUGUGCCCUGCUACUCUCUGGGCGGAGCCGCAGGCCAGUGCUCUCUCUUUUGGCACUUCAACCAGCUGUCCCCAGAGUUGUCAUUCACUAGCAGAACAAGAGAAGGCAGUGAUGAUCUGGGAGCAGCUGCUCUGGAUGCUGGCGCUGUGUGUGCUGCCCCUAGUGCUGUGCUUCCUGCAGGCAGAUGCUGACCUGACUCUGCUGUGGGCCGAAUGGCGGGGUCGUCGGCCAGAAUGGGAGCUGACUGACAUGGUGGUGUGGGUGACUGGAGCAUCAAGUGGCAUUGGUGAGGAGCUGGCUCUCCAGUUGUCUAAACUAAGAGUCUCUCUGGUGCUGUCAGCCCGAAGGAUACAGGAGCUGGAGCGUGUGAAGAGGAGAUGCCUGGAGAAUGGCAAUUUGAAAGAAAAAGAUAUACUAGUUUUACCACUUGACCUGACCAACAGAAGUUCCCAUGACAUGGCAACCAAAGCUGUUCUCCGGGAGUUUGGUAGGAUUGACAUUCUGGUCAACAAUGGUGGAACAGCACACAAAUCCAUGGCUCUUGAAACCAACUUGGAUGUCUUCCAGGAGCUAAUGGAGCGGAACUACUUAGGGACAGUGUCCUUGACCAAAUGUGUUCUACCUCACAUGAUGAAAAGGAAGCAAGGGAAGAUUGUUACUGUUAACAGCCUUGGGGGAAUUUUACCUGUGCCCUUAGCCAGUGCAUAUUGUGCCAGCAAACAUGCUUUGCGGGGGUUUUUUAAAAGCCUCGAAGCUGAACUUUUCAACUAUCCAGGUAUAACAAUUUCCAACAUUUUCCCAGGACCUGUGGAAUCCAAUAUUUUCAAGAAUUCCUUUACAGGAGAGGUCACCAAGACUAUAGGAAAUACUACACAGAAUAUACCCAAGAUAGCAACUAGUCGCUGUGUCCGGCUGAUGCUAAUCUCCAUGGCCAACAAUCUGAAGGAGGUUUGGAUUUGUCUUCAACCUGGCUUAUUCAUAGCAUAUCUGUGGCAGUAUAAGCCAACCUGGGCCUGGACAAUUUUAAGCCAUAAAUGGAGGCAAACUAUUGAAAACAGUAAGCGUGCCAUGCCUACAGAUUCCUCUUAAGGUUUGGAAGACAGAACAUGCUGGAAAGAAGCACUUGGGGUUUUCAAACCACCGGAAGGAUAACUGGAAAACAUAAACACAAUCCUCUUAUGCACAGAAGCCCAAGGACUUCCAUUUUUCUUUGAGGGAGGACAUGGCCAUGUAGCCCAAGCUGACCUCUAAAUCAGGAUCCUUCUAACUCAGUCUCCUGAAUGUUGGGAUUUCAGACAUACGAUCUUCUCUGUUUGAUUUUAAUUUUUGAUCCAAAUUCUUCAACAUGCAAUAAAGAAUAAGUAAAAUACUGCCAUGCAUUUUGCAAAAGAUAUUAACACAUAAUAUAUCCUUGAAUAAAGUAACAUUUAAUAAAUGUA